AUGUCUCUGCCACAAUCAUACAAGGCCGUUGUCCUCGACAAGGUCAACGCGCCCUUCGUCCUGAAGGAUGUCCCCCUCAAGCACCCCGGCCCGGGCCAGAUCCUUGUCAAGGUACGCGCCUGCGGUGUCUGCUUCUCGGACGUGGGCACCGCCGAGGGCCACAUGGGCGACGUCUUUCCGCGUGUCCCCGGCCACGAGAUCGUCGGCGACAUCGUCGAGCUCGGCGAGGGCGUCUCCAACCUCACCAAGGGCCAGCGCGUCGGCGGGCCCUGGCACGGCGGCCACGACGGGCACUGCCGGGCCUGCCAGCGUGGCCAGUUCCAGAUGUGCGACAACGCCGCUGUCAAUGGUGUCUCUCGCGAUGGUGGCUACGCCGAGUACGUGCUGCUCCGCGCUGAGGCCGUUGUGCGCGUCCCCAAGGACAUGGAGCCCGCCGACGUCGCGCCCCUGCUGUGCGCUGGCGUGACCGUGUUCAACGGCCUCCGCAAGAUGCACGUCGAGCAGGGCGCCCUGGUUGCCGUGCAAGGACUUGGCGGCCUGGGCCACCUAGCCGUGCAAUACGCCAACAAGAUGGGCUAUGAAGUCGUCGUCCUGUCCUCGGGGGAUGACAAGGCCGCCUUCGCGACAGAGCUUGGCGCACACCACUACAUCAACACCAAGACGAAGGACACGGCCAAGGAGCUGCAGAAGCUGGGUGGCGCCGACAUCAUUGUCCAGACGGCCCCCAACCCCGAGGUCGUGAGCUCGCUCGUCUAUGGCCUCGCCGCAGGAGGCAAGCUCUUGUCCCUGGCGCCCGUCGGCCCCGUGGCUGUCGACACCGUCCCCAUGACCCUCAAGGGCCUGAGCGUCCACGGCUGGCCGAGCGGCCACGCACUCGACAGCGAGGAGGCGAUUCGGUUCGCCUCGCACCACGGCGUGCGAUGCAUGGUGGAGAAGUACCCCUUGUCAGACGUGCAAAAGGCCGUGGACAGCCUCAAGGCCGGAAAGCCGCGCUUCCGCAACGUGUUGGUCAUGGAGUAA